CAAACAUGGAGAUAGAAGAUAGGAGCCACAGGAUUACCAAGAGGCCUCAUAGGUCUCAUUUGUUUCCAGCUUGUAUACCCUGCAAAAAACGCAAGUCUCGAUGUAAGACGACAGAUCCCCAGGGCAACUGCAUCAUGUGCCAGGUUCAUGGCACAGAAUGCAUAUUCCCACAGGCAAAUGGAAACAUUCGAAGAACAAAUACAGACCCAGUUCGUCGAUUGGCAGCUAAAACAAGCAACAGUCAACCAAUACGAAGCCAGCCGUUUUCUUUCACCCCAACUGAGCAUUCUAACUACCAAGAACAGUCUCGGCCAGCGGGAAGUUCGAACGUUGGUUUCAUGGACAGGGAAUACCACCAUGUUGAGAAUAAUGCCGUCGGUGAAUUUUCGAAUACGGUUGGAAUCGUUGCCGAGGCUGGGAAUAACAGCUCCCAUAUAGUUAGUCCGGCUGUUGCAGAGGAUAACGAGGUUUUGGAAAGCUAUCUCUCAAGUAUUCCGAAUGGCCGAAGGCGGAAUAUCAUUCAGCCAAAUUUGACUGCAAAUCGAUCCUUACGGCCUGUACUGUUUAAUACUGUUCUGAGACGCCCAUUGGGGCAAUCCAAUCAAUCCCUAUCAGCCAUGAAAUGCGAGAUCAUUGAGAAAUGCCUGGAACAUGUAUCAAACGAUGUUGUCGAUCUGUUUUUUCGGUAUGCAAAUAUAUGUUUCCCUGUUGUCGACGAAAUCUCCUUUCGGAACGUCUAUUCCACGCACAAAGGCCGUAUUUCCCCGGCUCUUCUCAGCAAUCUCUAUUCAAAUGCGCUUAUCUACUGGAAAAACUCCCCAUGUUUGAAUUCCGGUCGCUCACCUGAUGUUCGUUAUAUCUGGAACCAGGCAAAUGAAGCGUUACAUUCUGAAUUAUAUCUAUCUCCAGGCAUAUCAACUGUGAUGGCCAUUAUUCUGAAUGUUUGUGGUAGACCGAGUACCUCUAUAUUUGGUAAUGGAGGGAUGAUUGGAAAUGCAGUGGCCUUGUCCAAUGCUCUGGGUUUAAAUCGAGACCCAUCCGGUUGGAAUAUUUCUCCAUUAGAGAAAAAGUUUCGCGUUAGGAUUUGGUGGUUGGUAGUUGUGCAUGAUCGAUGGUGCAGUUUAGCAUAUGGAACACCUCUCCAAAUCCAUCGCGCGCAGUACGAUGUACCAUUUCCAACGGUAGACGAUAUAUGCUAUCCAGAUUCCUCUCAUGAUCACAAGGCCUCCGCUGAGAUAUUCGUUGCCUUGACCACGCUGACCGAGGUCUUGGCCGAGUAUUUGGUACAGGUGUAUAAAGUAUCUAAGAACAUAUUGUAUCCACCGGAUGCCUCUGCAUUGGAUCUAGAAUAUGUUCUUCGCGAUUGGGAGGAUUCCUUGAGUGACAACAUCCGUCGAAUCAUUCUUCGUGGAACAGAUCUGAGAAUACCCGGGGCUGCCAAUCUCCGGUUGGCAUAUCUUGCGGUCAAGCUUUUAUUAAGACGUCUACAGCUUAAUAGCGACAAGACAUAUACAAUCGCCGAAGACGAAAGUUCUAGCCUAUUCUAUGGGCAGACUCAGAGGGCGGCGGAGGAAAUUCUUCACCUCGUGCAAGAAUUAGAUGAAGACCACUGUCGUGGAUUUUGGCUUCCUGUUAAUUCAUUUUCUUUGACGUCUGCUACUACCUUCCUUCUUCGAAGUGGACUCCAGAACAGGAAUUCAGAUAUCAACACACCAAUGAAGAUUGCGAAAAAUAUGAUCGACUCACUCUGGUCUCACCGCCGAAGUUACGACUGGGAUAUUGCAGAUGAUUGUUUGGCUAACUGUAGUGACUUGGUCGAGAGAAUUACACUGAAUUUGGCCGCGACUGAAAACUGCAAUAUGCCCUUCAAUACUAUGGAUACAUCCUCUCUAGAACAGCUUGGUUAAAUCAAUCAAUUCUGGACGAGUUGCUGAUAAAAUUUCCGGAAAUCGCAGAUACAAAUGGACUUUGAUUAUGGCAUUAAUGUCAGCAGUGCCAAUUGGUUUAGAGGUUAAAUUCAACCUAGAGUUUUUUGUUGGAUACGAUAACUACUAGCACAACUUUCCCAGCUACUCUAGUCGUGUUGCUUGUUUUGUAUCUGGGGCUCUAGGAUGUCUGCUGAUAGUGGCCUAGUACCAACAAUUGGUUAUGAGUAUGGAAUUUUCUACGAGGGCUUCUUUGGACAAGUCAUUUACGACGAAAAACUUUUCUAAAUUGUGUAUUUGCACUACUCGUCAAUAUUCAGUCGUUGCUAAAAUGUGCUAGCUCAGACGACGGGACCAUAAAAACAUGAGAAAACUUUUGGCUGACUAUAUAAUCAAUCAUAAACAAUCAAGUAACUAGCAUCUGCCACAAUUUCAUAUUCAUCCAAGUAGUACGUAUUAUUGUUGGUC